AUGUCCUUCAUACGUGAAGAGGACCAGAAUGAUAUCAGUAUGUCGGGGUCAGUGUCCAGGGUGUCCAGACGGUGGCUGAUCAGUGCAAUGUAUUCUCCCUUGGGUAUCGCCUGCCUCAUCUGUGGGAAGAUCAUUGCCAUCAAAGACUUGGAAGUAGUAGCCAGGCAACUGGGGAUGUACAUGGUUACUGUGAUUGUGGGUCUUAUCAUCCAUGGAGGCAUCUUUCUCCCUUUGCUUUAUUUUGUGGUGACCAGGAAAAACCCUUUCUCCUUUUUUGCUGGUAUUUUCCAGGCUUGGAUCACAGCACUGGGCACAGCAUCCAGUGCUGGAACACUGCCUGUCACUUUUCGUUGCCUGGAAGAAAAUCUGGGGAUUGAUAAGCGUGUGACCAGAUUUGUCCUUCCAGUUGGAGCCACCAUUAACAUGGAUGGGACAGCGCUGUAUGAAGCCGUGGCAGCCAUCUUCAUUGCUCAAAUGAAUGGAGUGGUCCUGGAUGGUGGGCAGAUUGUAACUGUGAGCCUUACUGCCACCCUGGCUAGCGUGGGAGCUGCCAGCAUCCCCAGCGCCGGGCUGGUCACCAUGCUGCUCAUCCUGACAGCUGUGGGUCUCCCCACCCAGGACAUCAGUCUGCUCGUCGCUGUGGACUGGCUCUUGGAUAGGAUGAGAACUUCAGUCAAUGUGGUUGGAGAUUCCUUUGGAGCCGGCAUCGUCUAUCACUUGUCUAAGGCUGAGCUGGACAGCAUCGACUCGCAGCACCGAGGGCAUGAAGACAUAGAAAUGACCAAGACUCAAUCAAUUUAUGAUGACAUGAAAAAUCAUAGGGAAAACAACUCAAAUCAGUGUGUUUACUCAGCCCACAACUCUGUCAUAAUAGAUGAGUGCAAGGUCACCCUGGCAACCAAUGGAAAGUCAGCAGACUGCCAUGGUGAGGAAGAACCCUGGAAGCGGGAUCACUAGGCGCAGAAACAGACUCCGAGCUCCACAUUGAAUAAACUCUCCGAAGUUAUCCAGUGGUAAAAGAUGAUGUAAAGAUUAAACAAAAAAACGUCCCUUAAAAAAAAGAUAUAUAAAUACAUUUACUUAAUUUGUUAACUGAGACUAGGAGGAGGUGUCAUAAAGUAGCCAUUGUAAGCACAGGGCAGUGUCUUUG